GAAACACACUCGUCAUUGUAGCUGUCAUCCACCGCCACUUACAAGCUAACAAGCUAACAAACAACAUUAACAAAGAUACGAUGCUAAUUACACUUACCAUUUUGAUACGUCAACUUUUGGUGCACAACAGACCUCCUCAUUUGAGUCUGAUUCUGACUGUGGCUCAAACUUGUAUGGCCGAAUCUCUCCGAUGUUUCUAGCCAUCUUAAUGCACACCGCCCUUUCACCCGAGUAGAUGGAGAGCGAGGAGAACGAGGCCAGAUACAUCAUUUAUCACUGUUGCCAUGGCGUCAGCAGCUCUGGAGCUGAUGGGAUUCUUCCUGGGCCUGCUGGGGAUGCUGGGCACCAUGGUCGCCACAGUGCUACCGUACUGGCAGAUUUCCGCCCACAUCGGCUCCAACAUUGUCACGGCCGUGGCCAACAUGAGGGGCCUGUGGAUGGAGUGCGUCUACCAGAGCACAGGGGCCUUUCAGUGCGAGACCUACAACUCCAUGCUGUCCCUGCCCUCCAACCUGCAGGCCUCUCGCGCCCUCAUGGUCAUCUCCAUCGUGCUAUCUAUACUCGCCAUUGCCAUGGCGGCCCUGGGGAUGCAGUGCACUCUCUGUUUGGAGGGCGCAGGUGCAGUUAAGGGUCGUGUGGCAGGCGCCAGCGGGGGCUUAUUCCUUGCUUCCGGCUUCCUUUCACUCAUUCCGGUGGCAUGGACCACACACGAAGUGGUCCAGACCUUCUACCAACCCAACUUGCAUUCCAGUAUGAAGUUUGAGCUGGGGGAGUGUCUGUUUAUUGGUCUGGCCUCUGCGCUUAUCUCCAUGCUGGGAGGGGGGAUGCUGUCUGUGUCAUGCUUUGAGGAGCAGGAUGGCGGCCGUGGGAGACGGCACGGCGGAGGGUAUCCAUAUCCAGUGGGAGGCGGCAUGCAUGGCACAGGGGUACGGACAACCUCACAGACCUACCACAACCCCACCCUGCAGGUGGGUGGCAUCAAUGCAGCCAGCAGGGGGCAGACGCUGCUCCGCGGUAACAGUCACAGCUCCGAGUCGAGUGCACAUGGAAUCCAGGGAGCCAAGAAGCCCACUGCGGCAGGAUAUGACAUCACAGGAUACGUCUGA